UUGUUAAAGGCUGCUUCCAGUGGAACAGUAAAGUCGGCCAAAUAAAUCAGGCACAAUGAUCACGUCACUCGUUCUCGGUAAUCUGCUACUGCUCGCCACAAGGAUCGCUGCAGAAAUACCCACACAGGCAUUCAACGGCUACAACUACCCAAAACCAUCGGUUCCAUUCAAUCACGGCUAUGUCUACAGCACACCAAGCUGCCCACUGAGCCUACCAAGCACAAGCUACGUCACCGUCGCGGUAACGGAAACCCGAAUUGUAAUGACAACCCUGCCGCCAGUGAUCUCCACGGAUUUUGUCACUCUUCCUCCGCUGACCGAAUACCUCACGCAAACGCAGACGCAAGUGCAGACCCUCACCUUAACCUCCACCGACUAUCUCACCUCCACCACAACCGAAUUCCGAAUUCAACCAACCACCGUCACCUCGUACAUCACAUCGUCCUACUGUGCACCGAGCACCUACUUACCUCCGGUACCUCCGACCAACACUUACCUCCCGGCAGCCACUCCUCCUCCUACCCCCUCAAACGUGUACCUCCCGGUGAACCAACCACGGCAGCAGCCUCAAUACGUUGAGCAAACGACCCCCAACUCGUUCCUUCAGAGUUUCGGCUUUGCCCAGGCAGGACCCAUCAAGCGGAUGGCCAACGACAUCGAGGCCAACUCACUGGACGAACCCCUAGGACAGAACAAUGACCAAUCUUCAUCGAGCAGCGAGCAGUCGCAGGCAAACAUCGCCGCACCACCGACGACGUCAAAUCCUCCACCAGCAAUCAACAUAAUCUACCUGGACCGUGGUGAAUCCGCUGCUGGUGGCAACGCGACUGCGCCACCAGCUGACCUUAUGAACUGGUUGCUCUGCCGGUUCAGCCUAGUCAGUAAGACCUGCCUCAACUGA